AUGGCAGACCAGCCGCUGCGUAGCGGCAAGACAGAUGCAGUAACGCCGCGGCAAGACGGACCCACCGGGCGCGCUUCGGGGGAGGGUUCCGAGUCCUCCUCGUCGCCUUCGCAGGCUUUCACGCCCCCAGUUCAUCCGCGCGACAUGUUUGAGGCCCUUACCGCGGCGAUGAAGGCUUCUUCGGGGCCCCCGUACCUAGAUGUCUGGCGCCAGACCAUCCAGGAGUUAUUUGCGCUGGAAUUUGUCCGCCUUCCAGUCAGCUUCGACGCGUUGCCGGCCGAACGCAAACGGUAUCCCAAGCUCACAAGUACCGAGCUGGUGAGUUUGCUGGAUUUGUUUAAGCAAUGUUUUGUUGUGACAUCCGGCCGCUACGUCGACUGGACCCGUUUAGCCCACCAGAUCAGUAAGGAGAUCCUCGUCACGAAGUGGGCGUUCAAAGAAAUCUUGCGCAAGCUGGCCAGCCGACAGAAAUGGGCUGUGGCUCCAAUCCCGCGGCUGUGGUCUCAAGUCGUGCAGACAGGCAGUGCUGCUGCACCUGCCAGUACGACAGGCCAGCAGCGUCCCGUGUUCGAUGACUUUAUGUUUGAUCCGGCACAUUUUUCGGAGGAAGAGACGACCACGCUCCGAGCCAUUUGCGCAACGCGCCUUAACUUGACAGGUACUCACCGUCUGCGCGAGGGUACAGAUGAUGAAUGGCGCAUCAUCAUUGGGAUUGCGGAAGGGCUUAUUGCCUGUCGUCGGCUGCCUGAUUUUCUCAAUUCUGUCUUCGACAGCGACGAGCGGCUUCGGUUGUGUCGGACUGUUCAGGCGCAGGUCGAGGGACAGUUAGUCUUACAACUUAGACAUGGUCGUGAUAUCCCAAUUGGACGCCGGACGACCCACGCUAUUACGGAGAAGAUUUUGGAAUCGGCGGAAAUCUUGCGGGUCUGCUUGCCGGAUCUUCACCGUUUCCUCGGGUUGGCCAAGACGAUAAGCUACAAUCGUUCUACCCGUUCAAUCCACUUCUAUUUCUUUACGCGAGCCAUUGCUAAGGCGCACCAGGAUGUCGUAGUGCCUUUUCAGGGGAGGGCGUACACGCUCGAGAAUGUUCAUCACCCGGUCAGGGGCUCGGUCUGGUUGAAUCAGCGGGGACCAGACGGGCGGUCGAGCCACCCUCGGGCAGCGUACACCAUUUUGCUGUAUAAUCUCACCCGGUUUGAUGAUAUUGGGCGCAUUGCUGCCUACCUCCGCUCCAAGAUACCAACGGAUUUUGAGCUGGAGGAUAUGGAUACCUGCACCCCGAACUCACGUACGUCCACUGCCUGGAAAGUCACCUUUCAUCUGGCGGGUUGCCCGACCUUUCUCCAAGGAGUAGUCAGACUGCUUUGGUUUGGGACCCCCAUUAUCGUCCGGCAUCCGGACGUCCACGAAGCCGAGCUUUUAGCUGUUGAAGAUCUGGCCAAACCGUUUAGUAGCCCUGAUGAAAUGCGGCAAAUGGCGCAGCGACGACUGGUUGUGCAGCAAUCAGCCGAUGCAGCGGCUCAAGCUGCGGUGACUCCGGCGGUACUGGUCGCCACUUCCAGUCCACCGCCGGCCGCCGAGCCCCAGCCAACAGGUAUACCUAUCCAAUCGGUGUAUACUACUCAUGUCGCGCACGCGGGCCCGCCUCCUCCGGCCCCAAAACCCCGGCCCGAACAGCCAUGGAUGAGACGCCCCCUUCGAGGGGGUCGUCGGCCUUGGCCCCCAGUUCAGCCUUCCCCGCCUCAGCUGAACGUCAGCAGCGGGAGUUAUCACGUUCUCCAGGAGGAUGAUAGGGCAGAGGAGGGUCCGUCUUCCCCAUUUGAAGGCAGUGUCGCCUCUGCACCUCCGCAGCCGGGGACUGGAGGCUCCUCGACUCCUGCUUUUUCGGCACGGCUGUCCCACUCUCGGCUUCUGCCGGAGGAUCAGGCCCGGAAACAAGCAGCCGGUAUUCGGGGCCCGGCGGUAGUUAUCGCGGGUCCGGCUCUCCUGACCCAGCAGCGACGGGAACGUCUGACUUGCGAAAAGCUUUUAAAGCUGCUGCCGGAUCGGCAAUGUCACUCGAUACCCAUGGAUCCUAAGCCGUUAGCGGAACCCAUCCACAUGGGCGAGCUUGUGAGUAUUCUGGGACUUCGGGAAAUAAACACUCCAGCGAACGGCAAUUGUUUGGCGAUAGCUCUUGCUCAAGCGGUGGCUGAGUCUGCCUUGACCGCCCCUACCAAGGACCAGGAGCUUCUCACGGCUUGCAUUAAACGAGGUAUCACGUGUACAGGACUCUUGAACUUGGAAGAUCAGGUCCCUCACGACUUGCGGGUGCAGGCACUUAAGAACGUGGGCCGUGGGUGGGCGUCGAUGACGCGCACAGAGUCGGCUUCUCAAUUCCGCUGGUUUUUGACGGACUUCGCGGCCACCCCAUCGGGGCGAACUUCGCAUGUGCCUACGGACUGUUGGGGGGGCAGUGACACACUCGGCAUGGCAGCCACGUUUUUACAGAGAGACAUCUUUGUCGUUCAACGCGAAGAAGCCACCCCUCAGUGGCGUUGCCGCAAGUAUCACCCCGUUUCGAUGACUGUACGGGGACGGGCGGUGGCUUCUGUAAAAGAGUACCCCCUUUCUAUUAUGGCGUGUAUCGACGAGCUGCAGGCUACCAAAGUCGGGGCGAGUCAGGCUCUACCGUUAGUGUUGCGGUUUGGCGGCAGCCACUACUCGGCAUUUCUCCAUUCAGCGGGAGUGGCCGAUCCGUUAAACCUUACCGAUACCCAGGACGGGCCGAGUGCGUCGACUCAGGAUCCGGUCCACUCCUUCGGGGACACUAGAGCCACAGCGUUGGUACCAUUGGAGGAGAAAAGCGCUUCAGCACUGCCCUCAGACGACAAACUCCUUCCUGACAGCGGUGACCGGACGUCGAUCGUCCUUUACGACGCUGGAGACGCGGUCGCUCGAACCUCGGCACAACCCUCUGGUCAAUUGGCUUUAACUUCUACUUCGAGCAGCUGUCGCGAACGCGGGAUGGCCUCUGCGGCGCGGAAACGGGGCCACGGCGGCUCUCCCCCGCUCCUGGCGGCGUCUGCGGAUCCAGGUGCUGUCGUUCCGAUCGGCUCUCGCCACAAGAAAGGUCGGGUUCGUUCAGCCCUUCGGAAAUCUUCACUAGACGCGCCGGACGACAGAAUCGAUCGGGACGAAUGGCCAGAGCUCUGGAGUUAUCUGGGAGCCGAAUGGCCGCCGUCAGCAGCAACUCCGUAUCCUCUAGUAUAUGGAGACUCCAACGGGUGGGAGGCUACGGCUCGUUUGGAGCCGGAAUUGUUACUACAUCACUUGCGCCGCUUCGUCUUUCCAGACGAAGUACUUGCUAGCUUGUCCGACACAGUUUUUGUACAGUGGACGGCGCUGUGGCGCCAGGAGUGCUUAUUAUCCGGGCUCCUAGAAUUCCGACAGCGAGUGACAGAGCUACCCACGGGUGUUUGGCUCGACCAAUGGAUUGCUCGAUCGCAGCAGCGCCUUUCGCCGUCUCUGCUGGCCCCUCUGAUUGACAAUUCCGACGAUUGGAGAAAGUUGCGAGGGAUUAACUAUGCGGGGGACGACAUUUUACGAUUGUGUGACCCGCACAGACGCGUCCGAAUGAGUCACCACCUCAUGUGUGCCAUCGUGUUCGACAACGAGAUUUUUGCUCUGACGGGGACUGGCGGAAAGCCAGUACGCCCUCCCGAGCAACUCCGUUGCCACUUUCGCUUACUUCGGACCAAUAGUACCUACAAGGAUACGUACUACCCAGACGGGGAUGCUCCGAUCGACUGGACUGCGCUCGUUCGCUAUUUUACUACUGCUUUGGCCCCGGCAGAGCAGAGCCCCGAAGUUCCUUUCUUUGAGGAAGCUGACGCCUACAGCCGGCAUCGCAAACUUCACGACUGGUCUCCGUCCUGGACUUCAGCAGUUGAUCCACUGGAUUCUCGGGGUGGGGACAGGCUCUUUAUUUCUCAAAACGUGAGGGGCUUCAAGGCUAGCGCUCGGGAAGGGUGGUUGUCGGCGUGGCGUAGUGCGCCUCAGAUCCGUCGCCCGCAGGCUUGGUGUAUUCAGGAGACGCAUGUACAUACUGACGAAGAGGCGGGUAGGCUGAGUUCCAGGUGGGCUCAGUUAUGGGGUCAACACUUGGAUCCUGACGCUCCUCCUCUAUCGUUCUGGAGUAUUGGCUCUUCUAGCCGUGCUGGUGUUGCCAUUCUUCUUACCCCUCAUUCUGCUCGUACAGCUUCGGCCUGGGAACCGGAACGCUGGUCACCCCGGGCGAUCGCAAUUUCCAUUGGGGAGGAUGUUCUGAUCAAUGUGUACGCACCUACACUGCGAGGUGAACGGGAAGACUUCUUUACUUCCCUUCUCAGCUGGAAUUUGAUGGCCUCCAACACUAUUAUGGCGGGCGACUUUAACUGCGUCCAGUGCCCUCUCCUCGAUCGGUACGGCAGUUACCGAUCGCACCGAUCGGAAAGCCCUGCCCUGGACGCGGCAGUUGCGACACUGGGCUUGGCGGAUGCGAGAGAUCUUCGGGAUCAUGCGGAUGACGAGGGCACUGGCGAUCCUACUGAUCAUUUCACUUACUGGAAUGGGGACCGUGCCAGUCGCAUCGAUCGUUUCUAUGUGCCUGAGGGGUGGGUAGGUCGCGUGCUGUGGAUUGAAGCGCGGGUGCCAUCCAAUCAGUCGGACCAUCAGGAGGUUGUGCUACACCUACGUGACCUGAACAAACCUCGUUCGUCAUGCCGGCAUGGGCGUGUAACAUAUCCGAUUCAUUCAUCGAACCCUGGCAGGAUCGUUGACGAACUCGUCGCGGAAAUGGACGGAAGGGCUAUAGGUCAGAGCGUUUCUACCCUCACUUGGGACGCGGAUGUCACAGAGUGUCAACAGUGCGUUCGACGCAUCCGGAAGCGGGUCAAACAGCGCAGAGCGCGAUUUCGUCGGAAGAUUCAGGGCAGAGCUCGGCGACCUCUCCUGACCCGGCCGCAAUUUAUCUCCUGCAAUAUGGAGGAAUUACGGCAGGAACAUCUGGUGCGACUGGGCCAGAAGCUCGCCAGGACGGCUGACCAGUUGCGCUAUUUUUACAAGCGGGUUGCCGACUGGGAACGCAAUCAAACAGUCACAACAAUUUCGCGCAUCCACGGCCCGCAUUUUACCCGGGAUAUGACUAAUGCGGAUAAAUUUGCCUCCGAAUGGUCUACAGUCCUUGGCAAAGUUCAUUGCCAGGAGGAGAGAGUGGACUUGCCGUCAGCCAUUCGCCGUUUUGUCAAUCUACCCACAGACCGAGUCUUGUCUUCUGCCGACAACCGGGCUCUCUUGGCUGAUUUUUCGGAAGCGGAAGUCCUUGCAGCCGUUUCUGGGCUCAGUCGACAUAAGUCGGCGGGACUGGACAGGCUCAACAACGAUUUUUACAAGGAUACGUCUGCACUUCUUGUCCCCGCCCUGGUCCAGCUCAGCAAUCAAAUUUUGGCUGGAGCUGAUCCCCCGCCUUCAUUUCUCGAAGCUUUGAUCAUACCCUUGCGAAAAAAGGGAGACUCGGCGGAUGCGAUGGAUUACAGACCGAUUUCUCUACUCCAAACCAGCUACAAGAUCUUUGCGAAAGUGCUGGCAACACGACUGCAACGCGUAUUACCAAAAGUCAUUGGUGACUCGCAGCAAGGCUUCGUACACGGACGCCAGAUGUCUAAACUAGUGUUGAUGAUGCUCGCUCAACUGGCGACAGCAACAUCGGAUACAACUACAUCCGCCGACGACAGCCGAGUGAUCCUCCUACUGGAUUUCCGCAAGGCUUAUGACACGGUCGAUCGCGAAUUCCUGUAUGAGGCUCUUCGCCAAUUUGGUUUCGCGGAAAGGUAUGUUCAGCUUAUAACUCGUCUACAUACUGGUACUUCGGCCGCGUUCCUUGUAAAUGGGGAACAGUCUCGUCCCAUCUCCGUCGUUUCCGGUAUCCGGCAAGGCUGUCCACUCGCCCCUUUGCUUUUUCUCGUCGUGGUGGAGAUAUUGGGCGUUGCGGUACAGCAAUCACCAGAUUUGUCUGGGCUUCCUGUCCCUGGACGACAUCCGGCAACGCACGUUUUCUCGGCAUUUGUGGAUGACUCGACGAUCUUUCUCGAGAAGGCCAGUCAGCUAGAGCCAGCGAUAGCUCUUCUCUCUCAAUUUGGGACCCUAUCAGGGCUAGUUGCCCAACCCUCCAAGAGUCAGAUCAUUUGUCUUAAUCGGGCUGUGCACGUAGCCGAUAUGCGGGGCAUUCCGGUCCUUCAACAUGCGGACACGGUGCGAUACCUGGGCUAUCAAGUAGGACUGAGACCCUUACACAAUUGCAACUGGGCGCUUCGUAUCCGGAAGCUUCAACGGAGGCUAAUGACAGCUUCCAGGGUGGCGACCAGUGUGGCGAAUCGGGUGUUGAUCCUCAACUCCAUCAUUCUCCCGUCUGUUCUGUUCACGGCGGCGGUGUUCGAUAUGCCUGAGUGGGCACGACUUGCUGUCCACAACCUGUACAAACAAUUUUUAUGGGCUCAUGCGACUUCAACGGAAGCCAGCCGACACAAGAUUAACCCGGGACUACUUUUCACCCCCAAAAAGGCAGGGGGGAUUGGGUUGGCCUCUUUGGAGGUGGCUAUUAAAACGCAGCGUACCAAGCACGCUUUACAGUGGCUCACACAAGCUCAGGACAAGUAUUUUGGAGCCUGGAGUGCGUGGGCUUAUCAAGGCCGGCCGACAAAUUCGAGUCUGGUUCUCCAUUGCAGGACGCAGGCAGCUGGGGCUGCAUCGUGUGUCGGGGCACCGUCCCCAAAUUCAUGGGUACCGGACGUUGACAAGCUUCUACACCCUACGGUAGAGCAAGCCACCAUUCUCAGCGAGCGGGUACGAACGUACUACCACCCCAUCCUCCACGGCGCCAGUAGCUGGUGGGAGGAGGAGGAAUGGGUGCUGUCGUAUCAUCACCCUUUCCCGGCUGGGUUACCUGCGCUCGAUCCUCAACAGUGUGCGAUUCAUCGCUUUUGGGGGACACUAGGCUGGAGUAAUAACCCGUGGAUCCAGGACGGCAAUGGCCUCUCGUUAAAAUCCGCUACCUAUGACAGGAUCGCCAUCUGCCCCAUCUCGGACCUGCACAUUCGGCGAACAGGGCCAACUGAAUUUAUUUUUCGCAUUAAGCCGGUUGGACCCCGAUCUUUUCACCACUCGCAGCCUAAACUCCGUCGGUGGGCGACGGCAAUCUUGCUGGCAUCCCCUACGUUCCCCAUUGGGGGCGAAUUAGCGCUCGAACCUGAGCUGGUUCUUCGCCAUGCACCACCUUUUCGACAUGAAUGGACCUGGGCCUCGGUCCAACAAGGUCGAGUGGUCGGGAGGCGAGAGGGGUACUUGGAAGUCGCUGACCAGCCUGUUGAACUGCAGCAGAGUGCGGAUGGAAUUCGCUGGUUUUUCACCACUCACCUACCAGAGUUAUCUACUAAUUCGGACGAGGACAGAUCCGUUUGGGCCCUACGCUUGCGUCGUCACGGCGUCGUGUUUUACUCCCAUCCCGGGCAUCAUGGCUUUCCUUGGGCCGUCGCCGAGUCGGUCGCGAACUUAGCUAUACGAAAAGCUAUUUCACGCCUGGCGUUCACGUUUCACAAAAGACUUCUUGCAGUCGCAUUGCGACCGCUGGUGCGGCGUCUGGAGGCCGUCUGUGACUUCGAUCAGUGGCAGCGGGCUGCCGCAAACCAAGACCCGGCACACGUUUGGAAGCAUGACAAUGGCCUUUCCGACCAUCAGGUCUGGACGUGUUACCGUAUAGCCACCAAGCAACUCAACUUGUACCAUGCCGGCCGUCCGGCGGACAAUAGUUGCCGGGCGUUAUUGGCGUGUCACGGUUGCAAAGAAACGCCGGCUCACAUCUUUUGGGACUGCCCCAAGGCGCGCGCGUGCUGGGGUCAACUCAUUACCCAUUGGACAGGUGAACGGGCUGGGAGGCCGUGGGAAGAGCGUUGGUUCGUCGGGAGUGUGAAUCGUCACGCGCCGGAGAUACCGUCCAAGCAGCGUCUUCGGAUUUACCAUAUGCUCCCGGAGGACUUAGAGGCUGGUGUCGCGGUUUGGAAGCGUCUCUGGUUUAUUAUGAGCAGCAUUUGUCUGACUCACUUAUGGAAUGAGCGGAACGACGCGGUUUUUCGAGGAGUGCAGUCGACGCCUCUCCACAGCGCCGCGCGUUUUUGGGCGCUGGGAAUUCGACAUCUUACCGCGUUAGCAAAACGCGAACAUCGCGGUCCCGCCACAGCUGUCACCGGGGCUAUCAUGCAUACCUGUAUCGACCUCUUUAUUCUCGAACCUCGGGAUAAGCCGAUACCUUUAGGUGACAGCCACGACAAGCUACCAGUUCCGGAGCUAUUGUCCUGGCUUAGAAGUUUUCAGACAUCUUUAGCAUAA